UCACGGCGGUAAACAGGCUUGCCUCCGACUUCAGUCUCUGAGCGAGAGAGUGUGAGACUCAAGUCUCGCCGACCUCAGCGGUUGCAGGCCUGCAGCCAUGGCGGCGGCGGCGGCUACCUCUCGGUUUCUCGGCCACAAGCCUCUUCACACUCUUAAACUUGUGAUGAAGCUAUUACACGAUUCAGGCCCUUUCAAGGACGAUCUGGAGCUGAAGUAAGGAAUUUCCCUUUAGUAGUCUCCGGGGAUGAUAAAGCUCUCAGAUUGGUCGUUUCUUCUCAUCAGCCAAAGAAACUCACAAGCAAUCAAGUUGCCACCUUUCCUUGCUUGCCCCCAUUGCACUAUUCUUUUCCCAUCUCCUUCAAACCUUCCAAUGGCCACUGUUGAGGUUGAAUCAUCUCCGGCAACAAUCGCAGAGAAUGUCGCGCCGGAAGUUGAGGUGAAGCCAGCGCCGGCGGCGGAAGAAACAACGCCGGAAGUUGCAGAGCCCGCGGCGGAGAAGCCAGCAGUUGAAGAAGAAGCGGAGACGCCGGCAGCUGCAGCUGUGGCUACACCGACCGAAGAGGCGGUGACCGUAGUCUUCGAGGCUGGGGAGGAGGAAGAAGAAGUGGCCAAGGCAGUAGCCGAGGAGGAAACUCCGGCGGCUGAAACCAAGCCCGAGGAAGAUGCAGCUGUGGCUUCACCGACCGAAGAUGACAGCGUAGUCUGAAGUUACAGAUGAGAAAGCUGCAGAGAAAAUUGGUGGUGGAUGGUUGUGCUGAGGUGUUUUUAGACUUUGCAUGUCUUAGAGUUAAGGUUGGGUUAAGUUCUAUUUAUAUUUGCUGCUAUUAUGCUUUUUUAUUAUUAUUAUAGUUAUGUUAUGAAUUAUAGUGGAGGAGAAUUUGUAAUGUCUGUCAUCACUUGGGUCAGUAUCAGAUGAGGUUUGCUGUGAUUUGAUGAGAUGAGAUGUGGUAUGGUCAUUUUGGAGCUUUGGCACAUAAUAAAUUUUAUUAGUUUAUGUUUUUCUUUA